UCUCUCUUUCUUCAAAAUCGCCACUAAUUCGUUGAUAAAUUUCAAUUUAACUUGACUUUAUCUCUGAAGUUUCGUAUAGGAAUACUGUUCGAUUGAUCACCAACGGAAAGGCUGAGAAUUGAUUCGCUGUGACUUAACAUAAUCUUGAUUGGGAGUUAAUAAACUAGAAAAAUAAUGCAAAUAAUUUUUAAGGAUUUCAAGAAACAAAAGGUUCCAAUUGAUGUUGAGCCAUCCGAUACCGUUUUAAGUGCUAAAGAAAAGUUAGCCGCCGAAAAAGGUAUCGAGGCAUCUCAAUUAAAGUUUGUUUACUCUGGGAAAGUCUUACAAGAUGAUAAAUCAUUAGAGUCUUUCAAAGUCAAGGAAGGCGAUUCUAUAAUUUUCAUGGUAUCCAAGGCUAAGAAGGCCCCAGAAACUGCACCUGCACCAACUGCUGCAUCAGAAACAAAUCCAAGUUCGACUGAAGCAGGCUCAUCUACCCUGGAAUCAGCGUCAACUAAUAAUGCAGAAACCGCUGCUACAACUGGCGGAGAACAAGAACCAGGUUCUGCUUUUGCUCAAGGUAGUGAAAGAGAAACCACCAUUCAAAAUAUUAUGGAGAUGGGUUAUGAAAGACCUCAAGUUGAAGCAGCUUUACGAGCAGCAUUUAACAAUCCUCAUCGUGCUGUUGAAUACUUAUUGACGGGAAUUCCUGAAUCCUUACAAGCUCCUCCAGCUCCUCAAGCAACCUCGCAAGCCCCUAUAGCAGAUUCCACCCAUGAUAGUACUGCUAAUGAUGAUACCCAAGAAGAAGGGGGAGAGAAUUUAUUUGAAGCAGCAGCAGCAGCUGCUGCUGCUCAAGGAGGUGCAGGAGCAGAGGGGGAUGCAGAAGGAGCAGCCGAAGGAGCAGGUGGGGAGCUUGGUGACGAUGCUCAAUUGAAUUUAUUAAGAACUGCUUUACAAAGUAAUCCAGAACUAAUUCAACCAUUAUUAGAAAAUUUAGCAGCAUCCAAUCCCCAAAUAGCUAGUUUAAUUCAACAAGAUCCAGAAGGAUUCAUCAGAACCUUUUUAGGCGGAUCCGGUGAAGAUCUUGGUCUCGAAGAUGCAGAAGGAGCAGAAGGAGCCUUGGGUGGUGGUGAAGGCGAAACCGUUCAAAUUCAAAUUAGUGAACAAGACGAGAGUGCCAUUAAUAGAUUAUGCGAGUUAGGCUUUGAUCGUAAUUUGGUUAUUCAAGUCUAUUUAGCAUGUGACAAGAAUGAGGAGGUUGCAGCCGAUAUUCUAUUCAGAGACAUGUAGUCAAAGUAUUAAUUGUAUAAUAGUUUAUAUAUCUCGCUGAGGUUAUAAUGUAUUUCUC